GGAGAGCUCGUACUGAGUGGUUGGCGACCCUUGGCUCUUCCCUCCUCCCUCAUCGUCCACAGUGAGACCUCUCUCUCCUCGGACCUCUCCUCGCUGGUAGAGACUAUCCUCCUUCCUUCACACACACACACAUACCCAAAGUGAAGCUGACAUCUCCUUCACACACGCACAGUUCUUGGGUGUUUGUGUGUGGGGUGUGUGUGUGUUUUUCUCUCGACAAUUAGUGUUUAGAGGCCAGUAGGAGUCUGUUCUCCUUAACCAAACUUAUAAAAACUUAAAAUGAACACUCAAGUUUUUGUGGUCACUUGUUGAAUCGAUGACGUAGGCGGUAUAUAGAAGAGAGUGAGAGUAUGUGUGUGUGUGUCUGUCUGUCUCUGAGUGGACGAGUUUCUCCAGUGAUUGACAAGAGUUGAAAACAAAACAAAGGUUAUUAUCAACUCUUUGGACAGGGAAUACUUAACCUAACCGUGACAGCUAAGUAUCGUGAGACAGGACAACACUCGGGAUCUGUGUCGUACUUUAGUCUUGGAAACUUGAAAAGACUGAACUGAAAGACUGAAACAUGGAGGUGCUGGAGAUGUUUGAGUGGGCUCCUUCAGGCGUCAUCAACAACUCCAUAUUGUUAGAAGACCCCAAUUCGACAUCUGUUCUUCUACCUUACGGCCACAACACCUCGCUCUUCAACCUAGACGCUGACAACUACCCAUACUACCCAGAGGACCAGAACACCUCCUACAUCAGCGUCGAGCAUCAUGUAGGUCCUCCUGACAAGUCCUCCAUACCUUCCACCACCUCCUCGAACUACGCCUCCUACGAGAGGUUCAUGGACGAGUCUCGACACUGGGUACAGAGGGUGUUGGUGCCGUUGGUGAUGUGUGUGGGCCUGGUGGGGAAUGCCGUCUCCAUGGUAGUGCUCACAAGGCGUAAGAUGAGGUCCUCCACUAACAACUACCUGACGGCGCUGGCUAUCUCCGACCUCCUGUAUCUGGUGUUCGUGUUCUCUCUGUCUCUCCAACACCACCCGGAUAUCAAGCAGCCGAGGCACUGGUUCUACUGGCAGUACUUCCGCUACGGUCUCUGGCUCACUGAUGCUUCCAGCAGCACCUCUAUCUGGAUCACCGUGACCUUUACCAUCGAGCGUUAUAUAGCCGUCUCUCAUCCAAUCAAAGGAAAGGUGCUGUGUACAGUGUCGCGGGCCAAGAAGGUGGUGACUGUGGUGUACUUCCUGUGCUUCGCCCUCACCGCCACCACCCCCCACGAGUGGGUGGUCGUCACUAAGACUCGACCCGACACCCACCAACCUUACCUCGCCCUCGACUACAGCAGCCUUGGCCAGGACUCGACCUACCGUCACACCUACUACUGGUUCACUGCCGUCACUUUCAUCCUGUUGCCGCUCUGUCUGUUGGCUGUCUUCAACUUCUUCCUCAUUCAGGCCGUGCGAACGAGUAAGCUUCACCGCCGCAAGAUGACCCUGGUAUCAGAGAGAGACCACUACAGCCACCAACAAGAAUACAAGAUUACCGUCAUGCUUAUAGCUGUAGUCAUCCUCGCUCUUGUCUGCCAGAUGCCACGUCCGUGUACUCCUGCUGUACAGGCACUGUCUAUUAACUUUUACUUAAACUACUUAGAAUCACUUUUCUGUGGUUAUAACACCGUGUAUGAGCCGCCGCCCAAGACGAAAACCUACGCAAUCAUGAGAGGCCUUGGGAAUAUCUUCAACCUUCUCAACGCAGUCAACGCCGCAGCAAACUUCAUCCUGUACUGCGCUUUCUCUGACCGGUACCGCCGGACCUUCCUCAUGACGUUUGUACCCUGUAUGUACCAUCAGCAACCUCUCGCCCACUCCUUCGUCACCUCCGUCACUGUAGGAGGUAGUGGAGGUAGGGUGUGUUGGAGGACGAGGUUCAGACACUACCUCCAUCAAGUCAGUGUGUCGGAGGGUUUCCAAGUCAUCCACCCCGUCACCCAGACCUCCAAGAGACCACUCUGUCUGGCGUCUGGGUGA